CCUGCGCAUGACGCACGCGCAUCGCUCUCAUUGGCGGAUUCGAAAUUUCAUUGCGUUUAACACGAGCCGUGUCGGCCAAUUGCGUUCGAUUUCUUAUUCGCGACUUUUACAUUACAUAUACAGAGUGUCCCGUUAGUGUUGUGCAUGUGACAUUGAAAACUGUUUAUGACAGUUGUUUGUGGUCCUAAUAUUCCAUCAGGUGGUUGGAUGUUUUCCUUUUUAUUUUUCUGGUAAAUAGCGCACGAGAGAAACGGAGCAGGCGUGCGGAUUCUUGACCCACACUCGGCAGCUAACCGGCCACCGGAACUAUUAUGCCUUAUACAUCGACAACAAUCUAAACCGAUAGACCUGACUGGAAUAACAACCGGAAGUACCGUUACUUAAUUAUGCCAAUUUAUUAAUCAACAACAUGAUGGAGGAGGUGACCACGCGCCCGAAUGUCGAGUACAUUCCCCCUCUUCCAACAAAAGCGAAGCAGAGGACUGGAUCGACUACUUUUACACAAAUAACUAGCGAUGAUUCUAGCCUCCGAGUGAAUGGAUUCGCCGAUAGCCGGUCAGACAUGGACUCUCUAAGUUCGAUGAACUCUCUUGUCCUUAAUUCUAAGACACCAACAACAACGGUAUUCGUAGCGGCGACCCAGCCAGAGCGAUCUGCGAAUACGCCCAGCGCAGACGCACUCACCACGAACGGUCCUCACGUGGUGACUAUCAGAAUAAACACGGAUGUCGACAAGCCAAAAGCACCGAAAAUCUCAAGCGUUCACUUGAAAAGUGACAUUGACUUCGAUACUUUUAAGCUGAGUGAGUCCAAGAAAAGUAGCUUGGUUAGAAUAAACGUCGACGAAACUGACGGACCGCCGAAGAGCAUAGACAAUGAGGAUCUAUCUAAAGUGGAUAAGCCUCCGUACAUUUACUGUAACUCGUACGUGAACACAAUAUCAAGUAUGGUAAUGUCGAGCGGCCAGUGCUCUCCGAGCGACACUUUAGAUUCAGGGACGUGUAGCGACCUUGAUGGUACGCCGCCGCCGCUCCCAAAAAAGAAGACGUCAAAAUCCAGCUCCGCGAAGAAAGCCGUUUCCGUCACGGUAAUUAGCUCGACACGGAAUCAAAGCGAGGUCGAUUUCGAAGAUAACGACUCAAACAUAUCGUGCGACUCGCUAAAUAGUAGCGAGUUAAAUGGAAGCGUGCACGCCGACGAAAGUCACAGCGACGACGCAAGUAAAAAAGAAAAGAAACAGUCUUCCGAACCAACGCUACAAGCGUUAGCCAAAGCGAACAAUAAAGACAGUAGCUUUCUACCUCAAGGUCUGCUGCAAGACAUUAGAGAUCGCUCAGCGAAACUCAACACCGUCGAAACCGAGAGUGAGUUGCCGACUGAGCGAGAUGAGGAAGUAAGCCAGAGUAUUAUUGAAACUGCAGAUAUAUCGAAAGAAAGUCCACAACUAACAUCGUUCCUUUUAGUAUCCCAACUUAAUAAUGAGGUGAAGAAAAAUAGUGCGGAACGUUUGAAAAUCAGUUCAGAGUCUAUGAAAAAUAGUGCGGUUUCCUUAGAUAGCGGCUCCGUAUCUCUGCCGGAAACCUUAAACAAAACGCCUCUUAUAAGUGAGAGCACGUACGAGGACCGAAAGCAGUUGGACAAAAUGAAAGAGGAGCAAUUGUUUUACAGCAGUCACUACUUCGAUACGGACAAAUUUUACGAUUUUCAUCUUAACGAAAAACAGUUCGAUGACGUGUCAGUGAAAAGUGCAAGUGAAAAUAAAAGUGAGUGCAAUGACCUAUCGGAGAUGGAGUAUUUUGCCGGCAUAAAAGACUACAAAAACGAAGAGUUGCCGUCUACGAUAAAAAGUUCAAAAGGGACAAUUCGCGGUGUAAAAAACCGCGUUCGAGCUGGCAUUGCAACAUUCCUUCAAAUACAAAGCACGACAAAGAGUUACAAAGAAAAAGACGCUGGCAAAGUGGUUUUAUACACCACAACGAUGGGCGUCGUACGCAGCACGUACCAGAGGUGCCUCCUAGUUAAGAAGAUCCUCCGGAACUUGCUAGUGAAGUACGAGGAACGGGACGUCUUCAUGAGCACCGAGUACCAAGACGAGAUCAGAGACAGGAUGAGAAGCGACCAAAUCCUGGUUCCACAGCUAUUUAUCGAUGGACAGCAUGUUGGGGACGCGGAAACAGUCGAGAAACUGAACGAGAACGGCGAGCUCAGGAAAAUGCUGAAGCCAUACAAGAGUCCCGAUGCCUGCAACACUUGUCAAAUGUGCGGUGGUUUCCGCUUGCUUCCAUGUCGCAUUUGCAAAGGAUCUAAAAAGAGUUUACACAGAAAUCACUUUACGGCCGAAUUCGUCGCUCUUAAAUGCAUGAACUGCGACGAAGUUGGCCUCGUUAGAUGUGAAGCGUGCUCUUGAAAAGGUUUAACGAUUUUUACAGAAUAUAACAGAAGUCAGACAAUAAUAGUACUAUAUUUUAGACAUUAUAAAAAGUGCUACAUAAAAAAAAAUGUAUAGAAGAUUGAUGCCUUAUGAAUAUUACUCGCGUCGAUGUGAAAUAUUAUAUUUACUCGUAAGAAAAUAUGAUAUAAAUAUUUUUAAUAUAACUUUUUUCAAGUAUUGUUGUGGUCUACUGGGAUCAAAAUUGAUGAGAAUGCGAUAAAAGAGGAAAAAAAACGUGCAAGAAAUUUUCAAUAAGCUUAAUGGAUAAGCAAAAAAUAUUAAAUGUUUUCCACUUUUCCAUUAAGCUUAUUGAAAAUUUCCUGAACGCUUUUCAAAUUACUAGAUAAUAUGUAAACUAUAUUUUUACAUUCUCCUUAUUUCAUGUCGCCACUGACGAAUGCUCAAAAUUUUACUUAUGACUACAGUGUAACGAAGAAAAGAAGAAAUAUAAUUGUACAGCUAAA